AUGCGAUCGAGUAUAGCUUGCGCUCGGUGCCGACGGAGCAAGAUCAAAUGCGUCAAUGCCGGUAUUGACACCACCUGUCGUGCAUGCGAGUCGUCUGGCCGAGAAUGUGUAUAUCCCACCCCGGCCAUCGGUGUGGGCGGUGGUGCGGCCAAACGAGACAUUGCCGCCAUGGUUGAUGGGGAGGAUCGCAACGGCGACUGGGAUAGCCCCAAGCGACAGCGCUCCCGCAAGGCCGUCGGCGUAUCCUCGUCUGCGGCCAAAGAUGCAGCCAAAGCCUCGCUGGAGGUCCUCGACUCGUCCGUGCUGACCGUCAAGGUCUGGGAGGCCGUCUUUGAUCUUUUCCAGUCGCAUUACGCCUUCAUCCUGCCCUUUCUACACCCCGCCUCCUUCCUCGGUCAAAUUCGACAGCUCUGCGGGGGCACCUCGUCCAGUAAUGCCACCAACUCCGAAAACAACCGAGACGCCGCACAAAUUGCCUACCAUUCGCCCUCCUCCCCCGGCAACCCUUCGAAUCCUCUCGUCGCAUCCGAAUUCUAUGCGGCAGCGCUGCGCAGCCGGCUGGCCGGCGUUGAUGGCGCCAGUAUGGCGAUUCCCGACCUCACACGCGUGCAGGCGCUGCUGAUGCUCGCCCUUCACGAAUGGGGCAUGUGCCGCGGCAAGAGUGCCUGGCUAUAUGUCGGCAUGGCGAUUCGGCUGUCACAGGCCAUGGGACUGCCAUUUGAGCUGGAGAAUGAACUCUUCUCUCGCGAGGGGCCCCGUUCGCCCGCUCUCAAAGCCGAGGCGGAGCUCUUUGGCGUGCGGCGCGGUCCGGAACCCAAAGAGCAGACAUCCGACGAUGUGAUCGCCCAGGAGACGAAGCGGCGGACUUUUUGGGCCUGCUUCAUCCUCGACCGCUGCCUCAGCAGCGGCAGAUAUCGUCCUCGCAUGAUUCGGGUCAAGGAACUCGGCAUCCAGCUGCCCAGCGACAACGCUUUUGCGUUUGGAGAGCGCGUGCGAACGUCGCGUCUGAACGAGCCGUCCGCCCGUCGCCCGCAGAGCUUCGGCUCGCAGGGUAUGCAAAUUCCCAGCAUUCGCCAGAGUAUCGGAGGCUUCAGCGAUGACAAACUGCCCAACAAUGUCCCGCCGGACAACAAGCCCUGGUCUCCGAUCUCUCGGCGAAAAGACUCGAGCGAGGAUGAGAUCGACCGAUGGGAGAUUGGGGCGGAGGAGUCGGUGCUGAGCCGGUGGUCUUGUGCGGGUGGACGAAGAACGGAACAACUUCCUCCCUGGCAUAUCGACUCGAGGUUUUCGAAACUGCGGACGAUGCUGGGCGAGUUCCAGGACGGACUCUCGCGCAAUCUGCAGUACUCCCCUCGAAAUACCGACACCCAUAUCAUGUACAAGAACAAGCUGGCGUCGUACACCGUCAUGCAUGUGGUGUAUUUUCUCUCCGUCAUUGUCUUGCAUCGCGCCUAUAUUCCGUUCCUUCCUGUCCGGUGCAACGAGCCAAUCGGUCCCCUGGACGAGCCACUGUUCCCCGGCGAGAGGUCCGGGGCGCCGGAUGGGUUCUGGAGGGACACUGCGCGUGAACUGUUCCGGGCCGCCCGACAGAUGUUGGACCUCGUGGUAACCUGCCAGGAGCGCGGUGUUCUUGUUGAAAAUCCACUGGUCGGGUUUGCCAUCUACAAUGCGGCCUUUAUCGGCGUGUAUGCGUCCCACUUCUCGCACAUGGACCUGGAGGGAUUGUUGAGUCUCAAGCCCGGUGCCACGGAUGGAACCCACGGCCAGGUGCAGACUGGCAAGGCUCUCGACAUCUUGCGAGAUAUGCGGCCUCGCUUGAAGAUGGCCAAUGGAUGGUUCCGCACGCUGAACCGACUGCACAGCUACUUUUCCAAAGUGAAGCGCGACUUCCGACGCCACUCUCGACUGGAUGCUCUUGACCCACAUACCAACGGAAUCCGUCCGGUACGGGAGGGCGGUGCCGGAGGUGGCCUCGAGGAGUUCAAGUUGCUUGAAAAGCUGUUCCUCGACUUUGGCAGCAUCGAGGAUCGGCUGCCGGAGAUCAAUGCCGACGAUGACGGGGCCGACCGGGCGACCAACGUCAGUGAUGCGGGAAGCAACGCAGUCCGCAGUGACCCUGGCGAGACGGCCGAGUCUGGUCUCGAUGGUGCCGGUGGCCGGCGCGAGUCGUGGGUUCCCAUCAACAGCCCUGGCCUUCCUCUGCCUGGACCGGAUGCCGAGCGGCGGCCCAGCCUGCCGUUGCCUCCACGGGCCUUGCAGUCUCAGUCGCCGUAUUCGCUCCCGUCGCUACAGCACCAUCCCGACGGUCCUCUCUACGGCACCUCCUCGCCGAACCUCCCAUCUCUUGCUCCUUCUGCAGGAGCUCCCCCGUCGCAGGCCAUACUCGCAGUCGCUGCCCCGAUCAACCAGGCGACCUCGCAUGGCCUGCCACUGCUGCCCCCGCCGGGAUCCGUCAACCAUCCUGCGGCCUCGCCCCCGGUGACGGUUGACGGAUUUGAAGGUGGUGUCUCGAACGUCAUGUGGUCGACCAGCCUCGGCGGGGAUGAUGUUGUCGCGUUCCUUGAAGGAUGCGACUAUGACCAGCUGUCUAGCAUGAUGCCAUCCGAGGUUGGCAUUCCUUCUGGAUGGUUGAGUACCGUCUGGAGUGAAUUUUCACGCGUACGAACUGCGGGUAUGCUUGGGUUUCGGGAAAAGCCAUGGUAUGGUAUGGCAAUUGUGGUAUUUCGGAACUGGCGCAAGCGAGUUACUUUUUGCGUUUCUGUCUGGAUCUCUGUGAGCGCGGCGUUGCUUUGCACAUCAAACAGUACGCACAAGCAUUUCCUCAUUCAAAGCUCACCAUUACACAUCACGAAAAUGGAAGUGGAUUACAUGGAGCUCCGCAAAGGAGCGAUUACAGAGGCCAAGAAGACCACUCUAAAAGGCCGACUAACCAUGACCGACCUCAGCGUCGUCAAACUCAUGGACGUGAUCCGCAAGGCCGACUGGAAUCACAACUGGGAAGGCCAAGAGCAACAACCAGUCAUCCGACCCCUCGAAACAACCGCACACUCCUCUGCCUUGCUCCUCCAAGAACGAGGCAUCAAGCCACGAUCCGCAUGCGACCUGUGCGUAAAGACCAAGAACAAACCGUUCCAAUCGUGCGUUUGCGCCCCGGCAUUCCGCCGCUAUGCGCUUCGCCUCGGGGCCUGCGCAAACUGUAUCUGGCAUGGGCGUGAAGCGCAUUGCUCGCUGAGGAAGGAUUUUGUGGCUUCCGGGGGGAAGAAAUGGAUGUUUACGUUGGAUCUGAUCGUUCUUUAUGCAGGAGGGUUGCUGUUUAGCGAGGGUAUCGGACGUCGGCUCAAGGGGCUGCCUGUUCCUCGUCAAGCUAUGUCACUGCCACGCACACGCACGCCGGGCACUGCCAUCACUGCCAUCACUGCCCGCAAGGCCAAGGCUACUUCAUCCAACCCUGCACCUGCACCUACCGCGGGACGACAGCGACAGCCUCCGCUCACCGAACCAAAGGUGGAAAUGGAAUCGUCUCGCCGUCUGGCUGCCAUUGGUAUUCCCAUUUCCACUAGUAUCCUGGGAAAGCGAUCCGCAUCCGCAUCUUUUUCAACUGAGCCUGAGCCUGAGCCUGAGCCCCGAACCACCAAAAGAACCUGUCAUUCGAAAAUCAGAGACAGCGACGGUAACCUCGUGCCCUGGCCAUGCACCUCCGCCUCUUGGAAUGACACCGACGCGCUAAAGACCAUUUAUUCCGAUCUUCGGCGUCAUAUGUGCGCUGUCAGAAGGCGGAUUGAGGAGUUGGACGGCCUUCCUGAGACGAAGUCCAGUCGAGUUGAGUUGAGUUGA